CCCGAAGGCUGGUGCGGGAUGAAUUAUUUGAGAAAUCUCAUUGGUCAGUUUUGGCGUGUGAAAAGUUUGCCAACAAGUAUUUUUUAAUUUCUCAAGUUUAUCGUAGUUUUUAUGAACACCAAGCAAAGCUGCAUGUGAGGUGCUGUGUUUGAGCCAUGGACGGUGCUAAGCCUGAGGCAGGAGAUUCUGAUAGACAGAAGAAACUGAAGGCUGCCAAGGAACGACUGGCGAAUUUUCAAAAGAAGAAGAAAAGAACAAAGAAACGAUCAAGCGCAGCAGUACAAGAUCCCAAUAGCAGUUGCGAUGAGACGUCAUCAAACACGAGUGAAGUGCAACACAUGACAGAUGAUGAGACUUCACUGAUUAGUGAGACAUCACCAAUUGAUGAAACAAAACACACGGCAGAUGACGAGAGAUCAUCCAAUGAUGGUGCUACUGAGGAACUUCCUCAUGAUUUACCCACCUCCGGUGAUGUGGGUGAUGUGAAAGAAAUUGAGACGACUCUCCAAGAAUAUAACAACAAGAUUAAAGAAUUUCAAGGUGCCUUAUCCCAAAGAGAUAGUGUCAUACACACCAUCUCUAGCAAACUACAGCUGAGUAACUCCCGCCAUGCUUCCCUUCAGUCAGAGUAUGAGGCCCAAGCAAAUCAACUUGUUCAGCAGGUUCAACAGCUACAGCAACAAAUAUCUCAGCUUGAGGCACUGAGGUCCCAGUAUGAAACGCAGGUAGAGCAGCUCCGUAAUGCUUUAGAGAAGGAGAGACAGCAGCAGUUGGGGCUCAUCAAGACCCUCAAUGAAAGGUCCCACCAGCAAGCGGUCUCCCAGAUACAGGGACAAUACCAAAAGGAUGUGGACGCCUUAUAUAGUCAGUUGGAUGCUGCUCACCAACUGAAGUUUGCUGAGCUGAAACAGAAGCUUGAAGAGGGACACGAGGCUCAGUUAAAGGCCAUAACAGAACAACAUUCGGUUGAGCUACAAAGCCAGUUAGAUUCAAUGAAGACAACACUGGGCGAGGUCCAUGCCAGCCAGAUAGACCUCCUGAAGACAGAGCUUGAGCUGGAGAAGACAAAUGCUCUUGUGGAACAAUGUAAUAACCUCAGAGAGCAGCAUGAGAAACAGCUUAGUGAGAAGGAACAGGAGUGGGAAGAGAGGCUCCAGCAACAAGUCAACAAGUAUCAUGUGGAACUCAUGCAGAAGACUGCUGCCUUGGAAGUGAACAGCCAGGAGGAGGUAGAGAAGAUACGUCAACAGCUGAACACCAGCCACCAGACAGUAUUACAGGAACUGUUAACAGAAGCCCACCAGAGCCAUUCUUCCACAACUACAGCAUUAACAAGCCAAGUCAUACAGCGAGAUGCUGGCCUGAUUGAGCAGCAGAGAAAGGAGUAUGAUCAGUUAAUACAACAGCUAGAAAAGGAUAAGACCGAGAUGAAGAGACAACUGGAUGAAAUAGCCGUAGAAAAGGAUACCAUCAAGUCUUCCCUUAUCAAAGACCAUGAGUUUGAAAUGGAUGAACUGAGAACAUACUUUGAAAAGCAUGUGAAAGAAAAAGAGCAAGAUUUUGAAGAGGAGUUAAAAGCUUUACAAGCAAGAUAUGAAGGGGAACUGUCUACCCUACGCUCCCCUAGAGGAGACACAAGUCUUGAUGACUCUGUGGACCCUGCCUACAAGGAAAGAGAGCGCAUGAAGCAAUCAACUAUGUUAACAGCCAUAUCUGAUCUUGACUCAUCCGACCCUGAAGCCCCAGCCAUGACGCAAGAUAACUUAGCCCGACAGUACACUCAGCGGGUAGAGAUUGAGCUCCAGGAGGCCAAGCAGCAGCUGAAUGACUUGCGUAUUGACCUAGAAAACCAACAUGCAGCGGAUAUAAAAGCCAUUGAGGAGAAGUUUGAUCUGAAGCUAGAAACUGAGAUAACUAGAAUUAAGGCUGAGAUAGAGGCCCAACAUAGUAAGGAGCUCCAAGUACUGACUGUCAAACACACAACAGAGAUGGAAGAAACUAGAGAAAAACAUAUGAAUGAUAUGCAGAAUGAGAUCACGAGGAUAAGACUUCAGGCAGUGUCAGACUCUGAGGAGCAAUCCGAGACUAAUCUGACCCAACUGAGGACUGAACUUGAAGCAGAGUUUCAGGAACGAUCUGAAAUUCUUAGCGAAACUCUCAAAGUUGAGUACGAAACACGAAUAUCUGACUUGCGCAACGAAACAAAUGAGGCAAAAGCCAAGGAACUUAAGAACCUGGAAGAUGAAUUAAAGAAUAGAUAUGAACCAGAGAUUGAUAACUUAAAGAAGGAAAUUGAAAACUAUACACAACAACAGAUUGCUAAAGAAGCUGAGUUAAUUGAGAAGUUUACAAAUGAUAUCAAUGCUAUUAAAUCAGAACUUGAAGCUGCAUGUGAAAUUAGAGAUAAAUAUAAUGCUGAAAUUGAGACAAUGAAAACAGAGCUUUCCAUAUCAAAAGAAACAUGUGAAAAACUAACAAAAGAAGUUGAGUCAUUAAAGGUGGACUUAUCAUCAGACAAUGAAACAACUUCCAAAUAUGCCACUGAAAUUGCAUCUUUGAAAGAAACUCUAACCUCUAGUCAGGAGAAAAUUGAGAAAUUAACAGAAGAAAUAGAGUUAGUUAAAACUGAACUGGCCUCUAUGGAAGUGAGUAGGGACAAAGCUUAUGAAGAGGUAUCUGCUCUUAAAGCUGAACUCUCGACCAAUUUGGAAAUGCAGCAGCAAUAUAAAAAUGAAAUUGAAGUUUUGAAGCAAGAUUUGGAUAAACUCAAAACAGAAAAGGGUGCUGAAAGAGUAAGGCUAGAACAAGAACAGAGUAAGUUUCUAUCAGAACACCAGCAGUUACUAGACACGUACACUAGUGAGCAGGCUGAGAAAAUGGAGACUCUAAACAAAGAGCACCAGGAACAGCUGGACCAAUUAAAGCAACAAUUACAAUCUGAAUAUAAAAAAAAUAUAGAAAAUCUCGAAAAUGAUCAUAAAACUACUCAGGAGAAAUCAGAGACAGACUUCCAAAAUCAACUAAAGCAAGAAACGCAACAACUCCAGGCUAUAUUCGAGGAGGAGAAACAACGACUACAGCAGCACUAUGAAACUGAAGUCCAGUCGCUGAAAUCAAACUACGAAAAUGAAAAAGAAACAAUCAUAGCUGAAAAUACAAAUGAAAAGGAGAAAAUUCUUAAUGACUUUGAAUCAGAAAGACAGAAAUUGCAAGAGUUAGUGGAACAAGAGAAGCAGAAGUUGACAUCCACGUUUGAUGGUGAUAUCCAGAAGAUUGUUGGUGAAAAGGAAGCCGAGAUUGAGAGCCUAAAGGAGGUGAUUCAGAGCCUACAACAAGCUCAGCUUGAGACUGAUGCACGCUUCAAAGCUGAUCUUCAAGAUCUGGAAGAUAAACACAUUGAGAAAAUAGAGAAUGUCAAAAUUGAAAUUAAGGAAGGCCUUGUUGUUGAGCACAUGAGGAAGUUUGAGGAGAUGUCUUUAGAGUUGGAACAGUCGCACAAGGAGGCCAUGGAUGAACUGACAGCAACCUUACAAUCUCAGCAUGAAGAAAACAUGAAUAAGCUGAAAGAAGAGCUCUCCAAGAAGGAGGAGGAGCUAUCUGGUCAUGUGGCUUCACUUCAACAAGAACUUGUGAGCUCUACUAGCAGCAUUGACAGCUUCAAGAAGGAGAGCACAGAGUUAGAAGAGAUACAUCAACAGGAGAAGCAGCAACUAAUGACUGAAUUCCAACAACAAAUUAAAACACUGUCCAGUGAGAGCUCUAAACAACUUGAGGAGCAACAGAGUCUGAUAUCAGCAUCGCAACAAAGCCUGGCUGACACUCAACAAGCUCUGGAAACAGUCCAAAAAGAAUUAACCGAAUCCCAAACAAAGCUCAAAGAAGUUGAAGAUGUACACAUAUCUGAGGUGGAAAAACUGAAGAGUGAAUCACAAGAUGCCAUUGAAGCUGUAACUGAAGCGCAAACUGCUGAAUUGGAACAAGUUAGAUCUGAACACGAGGCUAGUGUUGAAGCUAAGGAGAAAGAAGCUGAGAAGGCACUGGAAGAUAAGGAUAAUGAAUGGAAGGAGAAGUACCAGUCGCUUCAAGGACAGCUCCAACAAGAGCAUGAGCAAGCUAUCAAGGCUCUGACCGAUUCCUCUAAAUCACUAGAAGGCAAUCUGCAGACACAAAGAGAAGAAGAUGGCAACCUAAUUGCUUUACUUCGGGCAGAUCUCGACCAUGUGAAUUCAGAGAGAGAUGAGGUGAAUGAGACGAACAAACAUUUGCUUCAAGUGCUCAGUGACAUGGUACGAAGUAAUGUGGAGGUGGAGACAUCUAUUAACAAACGUCUGGCAGCUCUCCUACAGGGGCAGUCUGUUGCACCCCCAGAGGGAGGGGAGGAACCACCCCAGGGGGCAGAAGGAGGAGGGGAUGGUCCAAUGAACACAAGUGGUCAGUCUGCCCAGUCAGAUGAAGGUCUAGAACUGUCUCAGAUGACUGCAUCUAUGUUCUCUGGGACUAUACUGGAGCCAGAAGAGGAAACACUAGUUAAAGACUCGACUGUUCGAGUUGAUGCAGCUGUAGAAAGGUUGAUGGAACUUCUAUCCAAUGCAACACAACAGCUGCAUGAAGGCAGAGAUGCUCAACAACAGCUGAUGGACCAGCUACAACAAAAAUCUGAAGCAGACCGUGAGGUAGUCAAGGAGCUGAGAGAGCAGUGUAGUAGACUAGAACAGCAGGCUUUAGAUGAGGCAAACACUAGACAGAAUCUUGACAUUGAAAUACAAAAGAGCACAGGUUUGUUAGAAGGCAGUAGAGAGGUGAACUCACAAUUGGAGGGUGAUGUACAAACACUAGAAGAACAGAAAGCAUCCCUUGUUGCUGAACUAGAGACAGUUAAAGCUCAAUUAGAAAUAGUUAAAGCUCGAGUAGAGACAAGUAAAGCUCAACAGGAAACAGCUCAAUCUAUUCCCCAAAUUAUCACAACAGACCAAGAUGUUGUUGAUGAGUUGACGAGACUACAGCAUGAGAAGGAAGAACUGGAGCUACAACUAGCACAUGAGAGAAGUGGAAUGCAGGAACAGAUCAGACAACUUGAGCUUACCAUUGAGCAGGAGCAGACAGUAGAGCGGGAACAGGAAAGACAAGACUUUGAGGGGCAGAAAGGGAAAUUGAAGGAAGAGCUUCAGUUGAAGAGGCAGAAAAGUCAACAUGAUGAUUCCCUCCAAGACCAGAUUUCUGAGCUAGAAAAUGAACUGUCAUCUCUACGUAAGAGAUGUACCAAUGCUGAGGAAGACCGGGACAGGCUUCAACAGGAGUUGGACAGUAACAUUAAGAUCUUAAAGAGUCUCAGAGUGGAAAAAGAGAACACCGAUGUUACAUUGAGAGAAAAGGAAGCAGAAUUUGAGGAUCUUCAACAGAAAUUUGACUCACUUGUCGACAAGCAAGCCGAUCAUGCAAGCUCUGAAGAGGAUGAUAAAAACAAGCUGGAACACAUGGAGGAAACAAUAGGCACACUAAGGAGUGAACUGGACAAGGCUGAACAGAUACAACAAGACCUGGAGGCUGAUAAGAAAGCUUUACAAGAUCAGGUUUAUGAGCAUCUGACGCACGUUUCACAAUUAAAGUCUGAGUUAGAUGAGUUUAGACAUACAAGAGAGAUGGGUCAGAAUACAGAGAAAGAUCUUGAAGAUGAGAGACAUGCCCUGAAGGAGAAGGAGAGAGAGGUGGCCCAGCUAAGUGAACAAUUAGACCAGCAACAGGACCAGUUGAGCCAGCGUAUAGAGAAAGCUGAACAGCUUGAGAUUCAAUUGGAAAUCCUCCGUACGCAGUACAACAAUUCUCAUACUGAGAAAACGGACCUGGAAGAGAGGUGUAACCAACUACAGACUGAUGUUGAGAGGCUUACACAGCAAGUGGAGGGCACCUCUAUGGAUACGCUGGCCCAGAACCUCAUUCAUGAGAAGAAUAUCGAGAUUGAACAAAUGUCUACUCAGCUUGAAGAACUGGAGAACAUCAGACAGGAGCUGUCUACUAAAAUGACAUCACAGGAGGAUUCUGAGCGAGAAGUAAUUGCGCUGAGAGCACUUGUGAAAGAACUGCAAGAACAGAAAGCCAAAGAAGACCAAGCCAAAGAAUUUGUUGAUGCAGCAUCGCAACAAGAUAAUGUGGACACUCAGCAAGACCAACUGGACACACAACAACUCACUGCAGACACACAAGACACAGUAGACACACAACAAGACAAUGUGUCCAUAGACAGUGUACUGCUGGAGAGAGAAGAGAAAAUUGAGCAGUUGACUUUACAGAACACACAACUACAACAGGAAAUACAGAGUCUUAAAGAUUUCCAGGCUAAACUGCAGGAUGACUUUGACACUAUGCAGCGUAUGGUUGAGGAGAGAGAGGCAGAUAUAGACUCACUGACACAUACUGUGGAUGACCUUCAUGCCAUCAAAGACACCUAUGAUGCACAGAUUGAGAAAAUGGAGAGAGAUCUCAGGGAGAAUGACAAUGUCAUUGAGGAAAAGGCAGAGGAGAUGGAAAUGUUAAAUGAAAAAUUGGCUUCACAGGAAAUGAUGCUUGAAGAUGUUGAUACCCUCCAUGCAGAGUUAAACAUCAAAGAUGAGGAGUUGGUGAGAUCUGAUCAUAAACUGAGUACACUAAAAGAAGAUCUGGAUUCCAGCACUCGCUCACAGUCCAACAUGGAGGACAUCAUAGAACAACUCAAGAACAAAGAUACAACAAUUGAUAAUCUUCAACAACAACUAACAGAUCAAUAUACAACAACAGAUAGUUUACAACAACAACUGACUGACAAUAAUGCAACAAUAGAAACUCUCCAACAACUUAUAACAGACAAAAAUACAACAAUAGAUCAGCUUGAAGAACAGCUGAAACACAAAAAUACAACAUCAGAGAAUUUACAACAACAAGGUUCAUCAGACAACAAUGUGGACAUAGACAGCAUCCAACAAGAAAUAAUUGACAAAAACACAACAAUAGAAUCCCUACAGAAUCAAUUAACUGACAAUAUUACAACAUUAGAAACAUUACAACAAAAACUGACAAACAACGAGAAAACAAUCCAUGCACUUGAACAACAGAUUACAAACAACAAUGCAACAAUUGAUAGCUUCCAGUUACAGCUAAUUGAUAAGAAUGCUACUGUUGAUAGUCUUGAACAACAGAUGACGGAGAAGGACACACAGCUGGAUGAAAUAGUGAGAGAGCACAACGAACAACUGGCUGAGGUGGAACAUCGCCAUAAUUUAGAGAAGGAAGAGCUCAAAGAACGUAUUCAUGACGCAACAAAUGCUUCAGACAAUGAACAGGCGUUAUCUGAUGUACGUGCUCUAUUAGAGCAUGAGAAGGAAGCUGCUGUAGUUAAACUUGAAGAACUGGAAGCCAAACAAGCUGAGACUAUGCAGGAUAUCCUAACACAACAUACCAAAGAGCUAGAACAAUCAAAGAAGAAUCAUGAAGAGACUCUCAAAGAAGUGAGGAGUUCUUAUGAGCAGAGACUCGAACAUGAGAGAGCUGCACAUGUGGAACAGAUGGGUGAUUUGAGGGCACAGUUUGAUUUAGAGGCUCGUAGACAUUCUAUACAAGGAGAUGAUUCCUCAUCUGUUGCAGAGCUAGGUCAACGAGUGCAGCGAGAAGUUGUUGCCACGGAAAUAUUGGAUAACAAACUCAUCAGUCAACUGCUACAGAGUGAGCAAGGAGGUCGCAGAGAUAGCAGCCCUGGCUCUGAGAUUUCAGAUUCUGGCUCUGUUACCCCUGAGAAAUUACAGAAUAUAGUUCAACGCCUUCACAAUGAAGGUAUCCAGGUUCUCACUUUGUCUGAACUUGAGAUGUUACGUGACCACCAACGGAACUCUAUGGGGGCGACCGUUGCAACACAGGGGCUUGACCUAGAUGUGCAACAAGAGGCAUGGCAGAGUGAGAAACGUAACCUACAACAGACUAUAGAAUCUCUGAAAGCCCUGCUAGCUGACCUUAAGACACCUGACAUGGAUGUCCAUGGUGAUUGGAGGGGUGAGCUCAUCAAGGCCGUGAACAGUGUGUUCACAAGAGAGCGGGAACAUCUCAUGUCAGAACUGAGGACUGCUGUCACCAGCUCACACACUGGCCAGGCUGGGCAGGCCCAAACACACGUAGAGCAAUUGGAACAAAGAGUCAAAGCCUUGGCUUUACAUCAAGAAAGCUCACUAGAACAAAUCUUUGAGGCAGACCGUCGCUCGCAAUUAGCGGAGAUCCGCGACCUGCGGGCUCACUUGUCCACUAUCCAAAGUGAGGCUGAUGACCACCAGGAGGAUGUACGCAGACAACUAAUCUCAACCGAGGAAAGCCUGAGUCAGAAAGAGCGUCAUUGGCAAAGACAGAUGGAGGUGAUGGAGUACAAGAUCCAGCAGGAGAAAGUAAUCAGUGAGGACCUGAGAACCAGCCUUGAUAUUGAGAAAUCUCACAGCAUUGAUAUCUCAAACAAACUCAGCAGAGAGAAGACUGUUAAUAUGGACCUACAGAAUGAUCUCACUGAUUCACAGUCCAGACUGGAGGACCUGAAGACAAUACUAGACAGGGAGCAUACAAAGAAUGAGUCACUCAUGGGUCUCCUUGAAGAGGAGCAGACGUCAUUGUUGCACAUGCGUGAGGCAUUAGAACUAGAGCAAAGCAGUAAGCGUGAUCUAGUGCAGCAAAUGCAAGAGGAACGUCAGCAGGCACACAAAGAGCUCAUCAACUACCAGGAACUUUACAAGAAAAGCCAGGAAGAUGUUGUCAUGGAGACGGAGAGGAGACAAGGUCUGGCGUCAGAGCUGGAGAGCCAACGUCAGGCGUGUGCUACCCUGGAGUCAGAAGUUGAAAGCCUCAGAGCCCGAGAAACUGAACUCCGAGCACAACUAGAUGAGGUCAUUAACACAGCUCAACAUAUUGACACUGAAAGGCUUCAGAUGAGUUCUGCCCUAGAGGAGAUCAAGCAGGGCCAGUCACAGAGAGACCGAGAAUCAAUAGAGAACCUACAGUCAGCUAUAGACUUAGAGAGAACUAAGAAUUUGGAAAUCACAAAUGCCUUAGAGCGUGAACGAUACAAGGUGACUAGCCUGUCAGAGCAACUGGAGGUUGAGAAGGUGGAACUUGUGGAGUCUCAGGAGAGAGAGAGGUCUACUAGGCGUAAACUGAAGGCCAGUCAAGAUGCCAUAGAGACUGAGAAGGUUGACUUUGCUCACCAACUGGAUUAUGAGCGCCAGAAGGUGACCAAGCUUGAGGCAGAGUUUGAUAGACUACAUGAAAGCUUACAGGCAAGCAAGGAGAGGGAGAGAGAGAGGGAGAAUAACAGAGAAGGAGAGUUACAGCUAGAAAGGGAGAGAGCCAGGGAGAAAGAGAGAGAGAAUGAGAGACAGAGACAAACAUUGAUGAAAUAUGAGUAUGAUAUCCAGCAUUUAAAGUCUCAGGUGUCUGCGUUGCGGAGACAGGUUGCCGAGGCGGAAGAUAGUCAAGAUAACAUGAGUGGAUCUUUUACAUCAUCCAUAGAUAACAGACCCCCUGUGGUAAAGACAGGAGGUGCUACAAAAAUCACCUCUCACCAUAGAACUGAACUAGAGUCAACACGUCAACAGCUACAGCUGCUCGUGAUUCGAUAUCAGGAACUACUUUCUCGCGUGACCGAUCGUAAAGUGGCGGGACCACAUGAGAUAUCGGGUGGGCAGGCAGAGGUGCAGGAUCUCAGUGAGAAUUUAGAUGGUUUGAUGUCUGAUCUGCGACAACUAGAGACAUCUAUAUCUAACACUGGACAGGAGACAGAAUCAAGGCCAGUAGAGGGUGGGGUUCAUGAACGUGUCCUGAAGCAGAAUGCAGAGCUGACUCAGUUCAUUGCACACCUUAGUGAAGAAAAGCAGGACUUGCGACGUACACUUGGCUCUCUAGAAGAGGAGAUUCAUAGAUACCGUAUCAAAGAGGCAAACACUAGUCAGUUACAGAAAGAGAUGAAUUCGGCGGAGAAGUUGGCAGAUGAGCGUGCCCACUGGUCCAGAGAACGUACCUCCCUCACACUGGCUCUACACCAGGGGGAGAAGGAAAUAAUCAAACUGAAGGCAGACUUGAGACAGAAAGACUUGGACAAUGAGAGAUUAAAAGUGCUGCAUUUCUCCCCAGCAAACAGUAUACCAAAUGAUGUGGAUAAGAGCAAGAUCCAAAGAUUAUAUGGCAGAUAUCUCCGAGCAGAGAGUUUCAGAAAGGCUUUAAUAUACCAGAAGAAAUAUCUACUGCUGCUGCUUGGAGGAUUCCGAGAUGGUGAAGAAGAUACACUCUCCAUGAUCGCCCGUAUAGGAGGCUACACUUUGCAGACGCCAGUGGCAGUACCACAAAGACCUGGUCUUACAAGGUUUAGAACUGCUGCCAGGGUUAUUAUUGCUGUGUCUAGAUUGCAGUUCUUGGUGCGUAAAUGGAGAAGGGCCACCAGGAUUGGCUCACCAGCUGUUAUCGGCAAUGUAAAUGCCUCUCCAGGCACUAGCUACAUUCCUCAGAACCAGGGCUACUCCCCAGUGAAGUCAGGGGCCAAUAGUCUGUCUGGAUCCUUCCAUUCUCACGUGCCAGUCUUAGAUCUCAGUAGCGGAGACCGCUACCAAACACAUUCCCCAUACGCAACACCUCCCAAUGAACAACACAGAGAGAGUCACAUAACAGACCGCACUGGAGACCAGUCUCUAGAUGACUAUAUGGGACGUCUAGAGAGCCUGCAACAUAGACUAGCUACAGUUAACAACACUCCACAAACAAAUGGUUAUAGGAGGUACUGAGCCGAGUCCAACAAUCACAAACAUGCACAAAGAGUGACUGUUAUCUGCUUAUAUAUUACAACUAUGAGAACUGUCCAAUGUUUUACAAUUCGGUGCUGUAUUUUAUUGCUAAUGACGAUGCAAUGUUUGGGAGAUUGUUUAACACACACACUGGUUGUUUCCAUAGUGACAUG